AAUGAAGACAGUCCCAUGGAUUUUGAGUUUGUUAGUAAUGCUAUUAUCAAAUGGGUAUUAUACAGUAGAGACUAAACUUAAAAAAUCCUUUCCUAAACGAAAUCCACGUUCUACAGAAGAGGGUAAGGAAGGGAAAAAGUGUGGCUACACAUUUAUUGUUCCGGAACAAAAAAUAACUGGACCAAUUUGUGUCAACACUAAAGGCCCAAGUCCAGGAAACAAAAAAGAUGAAAUUACUAGGAUGGAUAUUGAGAAUUUGAAGGAAGUAUUAUUCAAGCAAAAGCGAGAGAUUGACCUCUUGCAGUUAGUGGUGGAUGUGGAUGGAAAUAUAGUGAAUGAAGUAAAAUUGCUGAGAAAAGAGAGUCGUAACAUGAAUUCACGUGUUACUCAGCUGUAUAUGCAGCUCUUGCAUGAGAUAAUUCGCAAACGAGACAAUUCACUGGAGCUUUCCCAGCUGGAAAACAAAAUCCUCAAUGUUACAACUGAAAUGUUGAAGAUGGCAUCAAGGUACAGAGAGCUUGAAAUAAAGUAUGCAGCACUAACUGACCUUGUAAAUAAUCAAUCGGUAAUCAUCACACUUUUGGAAGAACAAUGUCUGCGAAUAUUCUCACGGCAGGAUGCACAUGGUUCACCACCACUAGUUCCAGUGGUGCCUCAUCACAUUCCUAAUAGCCCACAUUACAACCCUAUGCUGCUUGGAAGUAAUGAAAUUCAGAGAGACCCAGGCUAUCCUAGAGAGAGAGAUGUAAGGCCACCCCCUGAUCCAGCUACUUCGCCUACAAAAAGUCCUUUCAAGAUUCCACCAUUAACUUUAAUAAAUGAAGGCCCGUUCAAAGACUGUCAUCAGGCCAAACAAACUGGCUAUUCCAGCAGUGGGAUUUAUAUGAUCAAGACCGAAAACAGUCAUGGACCAGUGCAGUUAUGGUGUGACAACAGCCUUGAUCCUGGAGGCUGGACAGUUAUUCAAAAAAGAACAGAUGGUUCUGUGAACUUCUUCACAAACUGGGACAAUUAUAAGAAAGGGUUUGGAAAUGUUGCUGGAGAAUACUGGCUGGGACUGGAAAACAUUUACUUGCUCUCCAAUCAGGAUAAUUACAGACUUCUGAUUGAAUUAGAAGACUGGAGCAAUAAGAAAGUCUAUGCAGAAUACAGCAGUUUUCGACUGGAGCCAGAGAGUGAAUAUUAUCGACUACGUUUAGGCACUUAUCAAGGGAAUGCUGGUGAUUCCAUGAUAUGGCACAAUGGAAAACAAUUUACAACACUGGACAGAGACAGAGAUAUGCACACAGGAAAUUGUGCCCACUUUCAUAAAGGAGGUUGGUGGUACAAUGCUUGUGCUCAUUCUAAUCUCAAUGGAGUAUGGUAUAGAGGAGGACACUACAGAAGCAAACACCAGGAUGGGAUUUUUUGGGCCGAAUACAGAGGAGGUUCAUAUUCACUGAAAGCAGUUCAGAUGAUGAUUAGACCUAUUGAUUGAGACUACCAAAAAGUUUUUUUAAAAAUUAAUCCCUGAGUUUGAAGCAGAUGUCAUUUUUCAAGAUCUUCUUUGGAGAACUCUACCAAGUAUUCUUUUAAAUCCUCGCUAUA